AUACUCAUUAAUGUUGUCUUGUUUUGUUUUGGUCGUUUGCCACCUAUUGAAUAACAUAAAUUUGAUUGAAUUUUUCAAAUGUGAACUUAGCUAACAAAACACUUAGUACGGGCGACAAAUGCCAAGAUCAUUUAUAAAUAAUAUCAUAAACGAGCAUGUUACCGACAGUUAACAUUUUAGGCAAUCUGAUGAGCCCCCUCGGGGCCAAUUGCAGGCGCGCGCUGCACUUGAAGAGGCGCGAGUUGUACCAGCAAUGCUUUCAAAUACUGGGCGUACACGAAUCCGCCGACCAGGAAACGGUUCGUCGCGCCUAUUUGGACUUGGUAAAGCGAGUGCAUCCCGAUGCGGACACCGACGAGGCGAGCAACGAGCGUUUCCAGCAGGUGGACGAGGCAUUCAAAAUGCUGCAGGAAAAGUUCGCCAAGAGUCGGCGCAACAUCAACGAAGACGAGGAGGAGGAAAUGGUGUUUGAUAUCAAGCACACGGCGCCGCAGCAUCGCCAAUAUUUGUCCAAUGAUGGCAUAGGCGUGGGCACGCCUACUCAACGCCAGAAGCAAUAUCAACAGGUGCGUGCGAUGAAAGCACAGGAGCGCGUACUGGAGCAUCGCAUCGAGAAGGCGGCCGCCGAGGAGGGUGCGCUAAUGCGCAAAGGCGGCAGCUAUUAUGGAAAGCAUGCGAUCAAGACAAAAUACGGCAUUGAUCGUGUCGUCGAGGAUCUGAUACAGGAGGCCAUGUCCAAGGGCGAUUUCAAUAAUCUGAAUGGCGCCGGCAAGCCGCUGUCCAGCGCUCAGUCACAGAAUCCCUAUCUGGACUUCACCACGCACAAGCUAAACAAAAUAAUGCUGGACAAUGGCUUUACGCCGGAAUGGAUUACGCUUAGUCGCGACAUACGCGAGGCUGUCGGCAAAUUGAAGCAGCAGCUGCGCACCGAGCGCAGCUACUACGGCGAUUGGCCCCUGGCCACGGCCCAGGAGCAGGCGGCCUGGCAGAAAUUUGUUCAGUCGCAUGCGGCCGAUGUGGAACAGCUGAACAAAACUAUUGAUAAGUAUAAUCUGAUUGUGCCCAUACUGGAGAAUCAAUACUUUCGCCUGAGUCUGGACAAGCUGGCCGAGUGCAUCUUCAAGGAACCGGAACUGCCGCGCAACGUGAAGCGCCAGCAGGACGCAGCCAAGAUUGCGACUGGCGCAACCAGCGAAAGGGGUUUCAUGGUAAAUCUCUUCUCAUUCUUUCUGUAAACCAAGCGGGUGUUAGAAUUUGAAUAAUAUAUUCUAAAUGUAAUAAUGAAUAAUUGGUGAUAUUAGAUUAGAUUAGAGCAUGCAUCGUGAUAUGUAAAUAAAGCAUAUGCCAAAGGAAGAACAUGAUGUAAAAUUCUUACAAAAUUAGUUAAAUAGAGUAAACAUUUUAGAGUGAGAACUGAUG